AGCUAUUUUAAAUAAUUAUUUCGCAUAAGGAAAGAAGAAAAAAAAAAACUGAAAGAGACAAAUUCGAAGACAACGAUAACGAGAGCACAAUAUUAUAAAUAGAGGUAAGAGGAGACACAAUGCAAAAUUCAGACCCACUCGUCUCUCAUCACUCACACUCAAUGGAAACAUCACCAUCGUCCCCACCAUCAUCACCGCCGGAGAUUCUCCACCUUGACUCAACCAAAGCUCUCAAAAUCCUUGGUAAAGGUGCAACAGGAACCGUCUUCCUCGCACACAACGACGUCGUUUCAACCUCUUCUUCUUCUUCAUCUUCUCCCUUCGCCGUCAAGCUCGUACACAAGUCCUCUGCUUCCUCUAUCCGCCGUGCACGGUGGGAAAUCGAGGUUCUCCGUCGUCUCUCCGUUGAGUCUAAUCAAAACCCUUUUCUCCCUCGUCUCUUAGCUUCUUUUGAGUCACCAGAAUACUUCGCUUGGGCCGUACCUUAUUGCUCCGGCGGCGAUCUUAAUGUACUUCUUCGCCGUCAAAACGACGGCGUUUUCAGCUCCUCUGUUAUUAGAUUCUACGUGGCUGAGAUCGUCUGUGCGCUAGAGCAUCUUCAUACCAUGGGGAUCGCUUACAGAGACUUGAAACCUGAGAACAUUCUCAUUCAGCAGUCGGGUCACGUCACCUUAACCGAUUUCGACCUUUCCCGGAGCCUCAAAAAGCCCACCCGGCCCCAGUUCUAUCAACCCGACCCGGAAUUAAGCAUCGAUCGUAAAAAAAGUCUGAGCUUUUCUCGGUUGAUCUCACCGGCGGCGACAGAGAGAAAAAACAAAACACGGUUGUUGAAGAAAACGAGAUCCGCUCGGGUUAACCCGAUCAAUCGCCGGAAAACGAGUUUCUCCUCCGGCGAACGUUCUAAUUCCUUUGUCGGAACCGACGAGUACGUCUCGCCGGAGGUAAUCCGCGGCGACGGUCACGACUUCGCCGUCGACUGGUGGGCUCUUGGCGUUUUGACGUACGAGAUGAUGUAUGGAGAGACUCCGUUCAAAGGGAAGAGCAAGAAGGAGACUUUUGGUAACGUGUUGAUGAAGGAACCCGAGUUCGCGGGAAAACCUAACGACCUAACUGAUCUGAUACGGCGGUUGCUAGUGAAGGAUCCGGAUAGGCGGUUAGGUAGCCACCGUGGUGCGGCGGAGGUAAAGGAGCACGCUUUUUUCGCGGGUGUGAGGUGGGAUUUAUUAACGGAGGUGUCACGACCACCGUUUAUCCCGUUAAGAGAUGACGGAGAAUUAACGGUAGGUGGGUUUGAUAUAAGGGAACAUUUUGAGAAGCUGAGGACGACGCCAUCAUCAGCUCCUCCGUCGCACGUGUGUCGUAAAAACGAUCCGUUUAUUGAUUUCUGAUCCACGUGUGGGGGAGAAUCUAACACGUACAAACUACAAAGUUGUAUAUAAUUUUUUGUUAUUUUUGGGUAUUUUCAGUUUCUUUUUUUCUUCUGAUUGUCAUAUUAUUUGUAUGCAAAUCAUUGUUAGACCAAGAAACUGGACAAGGAAAUGUAUUUCUCCUGGUGUGAGAAUUUUUGAAAACUAUAAUUGUUGGAUAUGGGCUACGCCCAAUAUGCUACUCGGCCCAACGACACUCAUUAGUUGCAUUUUCGGCCCAGCGAGAUUGGAAGCAAGUCAUUAAUUCCCGCAGAAGGGCAAUCUCGGGAAUUCGUGAAGGAAACCCUA